AAACUAGAAAAUCUAGAAGAAAUGGAUAAAUUCCUUGACAAAUACACCCUCCCAAGACUAAACCAGGAAGAAGUUGAAUCUCUGAAUAGACCAAUAACAGGCUCUGAAACUGUGGCAAUAAUCAAUAGCUUACCAACCAAAAAGAGUCCAGGACCUGAUGGAUUCACAGCCGAAUUCUACCAGAGGUACAAGGAGGAACUGGUACCAUUCCUUCUGAAACUAUUCCAAUCGAUAGAAAAAGAGGGAAUCCUCCCUAAAAAAUGUUUAUGAUCAGACCAUUUUGGGGAAAUGAGCCAAAUGUGUCUUUUAAGUAUGUUCUUGUUACUGAUUGUCAGAAAGCUUGUUUUGAGACUACAGCUUGGACUAAAUUCAGUCAUCUGGCUAUCUGGGGAAGCACGCUGACCAGUCUGGUGUUCUUUGGCAUCUACUCAGCCAUCUGGUCCACCAUUCUCAUUGCCCCAAAUAUGAGAGGACAGAUCUCCUGCAGUUUCCUGGAGGUCCAAUCCAGAUGCUGUUUGCUUGGGUAUCACCAGCAGAGGCUGCAGAAUAGCAAAGAUUGCUGCCUACUUCUUCCUCUGAAAGCUUCAUCCCAGUGGGGCACCGGCCUGAUGCCAGCCAGAGCUAUCCUGUAUGAGGUGUCUGUCAACCCCUGUAGGGAGGUCUCUACCUCCUGGGAGGGUAAGAAUCCUCCUGGGAGGGUAAUAAUCAUCCUGAGAGGGUACCGCUUAAAUCUAAGUCAAGAUGAAAUAAAACAAGAAGUAGAGGACUAUCUUCCUUCGUUUUGUAAAUGGGCAGGAGAUUUCAUGCAUAAAAACACUUCGACUGACUUCCCUCAGAUGCAGCUCUCUCUGCCAAGUGAUAACAGUAAGGGUAAUUCAACAUGUAACAUUGAAGUCGUGAAACCAAUGGAUAUUGAAGAAAGCAUUUGGUCCCCUAGGUUUGGAUUGAAAGGCAAAAUAGAUGUUACAGCUGGUGUGAAAAUACAUCAAGGGUAUCAAACGAAAUACAAGAUAAUGCCGCUGGAACUUAAAACUGGCAAAGAAUCAAAUUCUAUUGAACACCGUAGUCAGGUUGUUCUGUACACUCUCCUAAGCCAAGAGAGAAGAGCUGAUCCAGAGGCUGGCUUGCUUCUCUACCUCAAGACUGGUCAGAUGUACCCUGUGCCUGCCAACCAUCUAGAUAAAAGAGAAUUAUUAAAGCUAAGAAACCAGAUGGCAUUCUUGUUGUUUCACCGUAUUAGCAAAUCUGCUACUAGACAGAAGACACAGCUUGCUUCUCUGCCACAAAUAAUUGAGGAAGAGAAAACUUAUAAAAAUUGUUCACAAAUUGGCAAUUGUGCUCUUUAUAGCAGAGCAGCUGAACAACAGAUGGAUGGUAGUUCAGUCCCAAUUGUGAUGCUGCCCAAAACAGAAGAAGAAACCCAGCAUCUGAAGCAAACACACUUAGAAUAUUUCAGCCUUUAGUGUCUAAUGUUAACCCUGGAGUCACAAUCGAAGGAUAAUAAAAAGAAUCACCAAAAUAUCUGGCUAAUGCCUGCUUCGGAAAUGGAGAAGAGUGGCAGUUGCAUUGGAAACCUGAUUAGAACGGAACAUGUAAAGAUAGUUUGUGAUGGGCAAUAUUUGCAUAAUUUCCAUCGUAAACAUGGUGCCAUACCUGUCACAAAUCUAAUGGCAGGUGACAGAGUUAUUGUAAGUGGAGAAGAAAGGUCACUGUUUGCUUUGUCUAGAGGAUAUGUGAAGGAGAUUAACAUGACAACAGCAACUUGUUUAUUAGACAGAAACUUGUCGGUCCUUCCAGAAUCAACUUUGUUCAGAUUAGACCAAGAAGAAAAAAAUUGUGAUAUAGAUACCCCAUUAGGAAAUCUUUCUAAAUUGAUGGAAAACACGUUUGUCAGCAAAAAACUUCGAGAUUUAAUUAUUGACUUUCGUGAACCUCAGUUUAUAUCCUACCUUAGUUCUGUUCUUCCACAUGAUGCAAAGGAUACGGUUGCCUGCAUUCUAAGGGGUUUGAAUAAGCCUCAGAGGCAAGGGAUGAAAAAGGUGCUUCUUUCAAAAGACUACACACUCAUCGUGGGUAUGCCUGGGACAGGAAAAACAACUACGAUAUGUACUCUCGUAAGAAUUCUCUACGCCUGUGGUUUUAGUGUUUUGUUGACCAGCUAUACACACUCUGCUGUUGACAAUAUUCUUUUGAAGUUAGCCAAGUUUAAAAUAGGAUUUUUGCAUUUGGGUCAGACUCAGAAGGUUCAUCCAGCUAUCCAGCAAUUUACAGAGCAAGAAAUUUGCAGAUCAAAGUCCAUUAAAUCCUCAGCUCUUCUAGAAGAACUCUACAAUAGUCAACUUAUAAUUGCAACAACAUGUAUGGGAAUAAACCAUCCAAUAUUUUCCCAUAAAAUUUUUGAUUUUUGUAUUGUAGUUGAAGCCUCUCAAAUUAGCCAACCAAUUUGUCUGGGCCCCCUUUUUUUUUCACGGAGAUUUAUGUUAGUGGGGGACCAUCAGCAGCUUCCUCCCCUGGUGCUAAACCGUGAAGAAAGAGCUCUUGGCAUGAGUGAAGGCUUAUUCAAGAGGCUGGAGCAGAAUAAGAAUGCUGUUGUACAGUUAACCGUGCAGUACAGAAUGAACAAUAAAAUUAUGUCCUUAAGUAAUAAGCUGACCUACGAGGGCAAGCUGGAGUGUGGAUCAGACAAAGUGGCCAAUGCAGUGAUAAACCUACCUCUUAAAGAUGUGAAGCUGGAACUGGAAUUUUAUGCUGACUAUUCUGAUAAUCCUUGGCUGAUGGGAGUAUUUGAACCCAGCAAUCCUGUUUGUUUUCUUAAUACAGACAAGGUUCCAGCGCCAGAACAAGUUGAAAAAGGUGGUGUGAACAAUGUAACAGAAGCCAAACUCAUAGUUUACCUAACCUCCAUUUUUGUUGAGGCUGGAUGCAAUCCCUCUGAUAUUGGUAUUAUUGCACCGUACAGGCAGUAAUUAAAGAUCAUCAAUAAUUUAUUGGCACAUUCUUCUACUGGGAUGGUCGAAGUUAGUACAGUAGAUAAAUACCAAGGAAGGGACAAAAGUAUUGUCCUGGUAUCUUUUGUUAGAAGUAAUAAGGAUGGAACUGUUGGUGAACUCUUGAAAGAUUGGCAAUGUCUUAAUGUUGCUAUAACCAGAGCCAAACAUAAACUGAUUCUUCUGGGGUGUGUGCCCUCACUAAACUGCUAUCCUCCUUUGGAGAAGCUGCUUAAUCAUUUAAACUCAGAAAAAUUAAUCAUUGAUCUUCCAUCAAGAGAACAUGAAAGUCUUUGCCACAUAUUGGGUGACUUUCAAAGAGAAUAAAACACUAUUUCCCUUGCCUUUUCAUACUAGGGCAGUAUCUCCUCUAGCUAGUGCUUAUACAGAAAAUUCUAUCACCAUACAAAAUUUAAUGCAGUAUUUAUGCUUUUAAGCACAGGUGUACCGAAAACUGUGAAAAAUCUAAAUUUAUGGGUUCUAUACAUGCAUUUUUGCCUGACCUAGAGAAAGAGUUUGAUAGAUUUUUACCAGCUUUGAAGAUGGAUUAACUUUUGACUUUGAGCUUUAAACUUUUAAGUCAGACAUUUCAGGACUAAUUUGAUUUUGUAGAUAACAUUGUAAGAACUUUAUUUGAAAGACUGAAUAAAGGGAUUUGAUUUGUUUUCAUCAUUUAAGCACAGUCUUGUGAUGAUGAUAACAUAAGUGUGAUUCUUUUCUGUAUUUUGAGGUCCCUAAUCCAAAGCCCAUUUUGCUAGGAUUUUUUCUGCUAUCAGAUGUGUUUUCACUCUAAACCUAGUCUUUUAUAACAUGAAUUGAUUACUUCCUGUUAAUUUUCUUUUUUUUUCACUUUUUUUAAUUUAUUUUUUUGCACACAAAACAAUAAACAUUUUCUAAAAAUACAUACAAACAAAAAGAUGCGUAUCAAACAUAUUAGGAAGGUUGCACAUGGGAAGACGGGGAAUAGAAAUGGGAAGUGGGAAUUAAAGAAAAUGAAUGAGAGAGAGACUUUGUAUGGAUCAAUGAUAAUAACUCAAUCCUCUAUUUGACAAAGAAGGAAAAGGAAGAGGAAGAAAAAGAAAGUGGGAUAAAGGAUCAGAAAGGGAGGAAAAUAGAAAAAAUUAGAGUAUGACUCCAGGGUAGACUUGUUUUGUUGUCGCUGGGUUGGUUGGUUGGUUUGUCUGUUGUAUUUUUCAUAUGUUUCGCCAUGUUGGCCAGGCUGGUCUCGAACUCCUAGCCUGAAGUGAUCAACCCGCCUCGGCCUCCCAGAGCGCCGGGACUACAAGCGUGAGCCACCACGUCCAGCCCCCACAUUGCUUCUGGCCUCUGUGGCAGACCUCCCAGACGGGGCCGUCGGGCAGAGGCGCUCCCCACAUCCCAGACAGGGCAGCCGGGCAGAGGGGCUCCUCACUUCCCAGACGGGGCGGCCGGGCAGAGGCACUCCUCACUUCUUCCCAGACGGGGCGGCCGGGCAGAGGCGCUCCUCACUUCCCAGACGGGGUGGCCGGGCAGAGACGCUCCUCACUUCCCAGACGGGGUGGCGGCCGGGCAGAGACGCUCCUCACUUCCCAGACGAUGGGUGGCCGGGCAGAGGCGCUCUUCACUUCCCAGACGGGGCGGCCGGGCUGAGGCGCUCCUCACUUCCCAGACGAUGGGUGGCCGGGUAGAGGCGCUCUUCACCUCCCAGACGAUGGGUGGCCGGGCAGAGGCGCUCCUCACUUCUUCCCAGACGGGGCGGCCGGGCAGAGGCACUCCUCACUUCCCAGACGAUGGGUGGCCGGGUAGAGGCGCUCUUCACCUCCCAGACAAUGGGUGGCCGGGCAGAGGGGCUCCUCACUUCCCAGAUGGGGCGGCCGGGCAGAGGCGCUCCUCACUUCCCAGACGGGGCGGCCAGGCAGAGGCGCUCCUCACUUCCCAGACGAUGGGUGGCCGGGCAGAGGCGCUCCUCACUUCCCAGACGAUGGGUGGCCGGGCAGAGGCGCUCCUCACUUCCCAGAUGGGGCUGCCGGGCAGAGAGGCUUCCCACCUCCCAGACGGGGCGGCGGCCGGGCAGGGGCUGCAAUCUCAGCACCCUGGGAGGCCAAGGCAGGCGGCUGGGAGGCGGAGGCUGCAGGGAGCCACGACCACGCCACCGCACUCCAGCCCAGGCAACACUGAGCACCGAGUGAGCGAGACUCUGUCUGCAGUCCCAGCACCUCGGGAGGCCGAGGCGGGCAGAGCACUCGGGGUCAGGAGCUGCAGACCAGCCUGGCCAACAUGGCGAAACCGCGCCUCCAGGCAAAGGAGAAAAAGCAGGCAGCGGUGGUGGCGCGCGCCAGCAAUCCCAGGCAGCCCGCAGGCCAGGGCAGGAGAAUGACGGGAGCCGGAGGCAGGCGGUCUGCAGUGAGCCGACUAGAUUCCAGCCUGGGCCACAGAGGUAAAAGAAAGGCGAAGGAAGGAAGGGAGGGAGGGAGUCGGAAGGAAGGAAGGAAGGAAGGACUGUUAAUUUUCUAUCCUCCCUUACUAUCCCCCUUUUUUGUUUUCAGUAUUCAGUAUUUUAGAGUAGAUUUUGAUAUAAAAGAAAAUAAUUCGUACAUCAUCUUUUGCAACAAAUUUUGUUUUCUGAAUUGAUAAUAAAUUUAAAAAGUUGAUUCCUAUUUUCACAUAUGUUCAUAUGCCCCUAUGUUUGGGGGUAUCACUCAGUUUUCCUUUUUUGUGUAAAGAUGUUUUGUAAAACAAAAUUGUCUCAAAGUGAUUAUAUUAUAUAUAUAUAUAUAAAGUAACAGAUUUUAACAAAGGUUAAAAGAUUCUUUGGGUAACAGAUUCUUCUGGGGGUUAGAAAUCUUCCGUUUCUCUUGAGGGUUUUUUUUAAUGAAUGUUAAAUAUGUUAAAAUUUUUAUUUCUACCUCAUGUGUUUUUUUAAAUUAUUACUUGAAGUUUUUUAUUUAAUAAAA